AUGAUGAACUACAGUUCCCAGAUGGACGUCGUCCCCAUCCUAGCACUGUGCAGAGGCAAGAAGAGCCUGGAGGUCUUGGUGGAACGACCACCGUUCACUCCUUGCUUUCAAGCCUCUUUUACGAAAGCGGACUGGUUGCAGCUGUGUUGGUACGAUUCGGCUUCGGACGCGCCUCACACCGUUCACUUUGACCUGGAGGUCCUGGCCAUGAUCCAGCUCGGGCUUCGCGACAGGCGAUUGCUCCGUUGCCACGAGCCCACGCCUGUGUACCAGUGCCUCUUUUACCACGACCUUCGCUUAACAGCGCCGGUGGCACUGGACGCCGCGAAGCUGGUGGAGCUCAUUUGCCAGGUGUGUGGAGAGGAGAUUCUGCUGGAGGCCUUCGAGCUCACGCCCGAGGAGUCAGGUGCGCCAGAAACAGAAUGUCACUGGAGGCUCUUCUUCGCUUCCGUAGCCUCAGCUCUGGACGAUGAAAUCGCCUACGGCGCCUACCAGGCGGUGCGGCGAGCAGUGGCGGAAUGCGGGGAGACGCUGUGCUGA